GCGCGGAAGUUAGCAACACGUCACAGUGGAGCGACUGCGCGUGCUAGUCAAGUCUAUUGUUUUCUUAUUGUCUUUGUUUUACGAUCAAACGUUUGACGUGAGAUAUAAGAAAAUCGUUGUCAAGGCUUCAACGUAAAGGUUAAAAGUCUAGUUCUGACCGUUUCAUUUUAGCGCAAACGUUUAGCGACCCUGAGCUACAGAGACGAUUCAAAUUAGCUGCACAUCGCUAAGCACAAAAUCGUGUUGAGAUGUGUAAAGUCACAAUGUUGAGAGAACUAAUGAAGCAGCGACUAAACGUCGCCGUGGAAGGAAUAUAUGAACUUUUUGAAAGAACAAUCCUGGAGUAUGAGGAGGAACUUCGUCGUAUAAAAGAGGAGAAGGAGCGACAAGGCGAGCUAUUGGACGCCGUUUUAAAGUCUCAUGCUGAUUUACAACAACAAGCAGACGUGCAGCAGGUGUUGGUGCAGAAUCCAGUAGAGGUUCCCUCUGAGCAGCUGCAGGAGGAGAUUCAGCAAGAGAACUGCACAAGGGGUUCUCCAGUCAUUAAAGAAGAAGUGGAGGACAUUUGGACUACUCAGGCUGACCAGGAGGCACAGAUCCCCAUGGACUUGCUCCCUUUGACUGACAUCCACUUAAAAAGUGAAGACGACGGAGCUUGGUCCUCGCGACUUCAAGACCAACCCGUGGGAGAAGACUGCGAUGACUCCAAUAUCAUGGCUCCUAUAUCCGACAUUGAAGAAUCAGAGUCCUCCCAGACGGACGCCCCCGAUCUCCCUCCCGACGAGGAACCCGUCAACAGCAAGUCUCUGAGCUGCCCUCAGUGCGGCAAAGCUUUCGGCAAAACCCGCAACCUGAGGCGCCACAUUCGCACGCACACGCGCCCCGGCGUGGCGCCGUUCUCCUGCCCCAAAUGCGACAAAACCUUCAGCAUCAAAAGAAACUUGAACCGACACAUGCUGACUCACCUGGGAGUCCGGCCUUUCGUGUGCUACGUUUGCGGUAACACAUUUUCCCGAAGUCACCAUUUGAAGAGACACAUGGGCACGCACGGCAACUUCAAGGAUGUCCCCGUUGAAGCCAUGAAGAGGACUCCUGUUGUCACGGUGGAUGUCCCAGUGAAAGCUGUUAAGGCAGCCCGUUCAUCAGAGCAGGCUAUGCCGUGUUUGUUUUGCACCAAAGGAUUUGCCAAAAAAUCCCACCUGGAGAGACACAUGAGAACGCACACGGGCGAGAAACCCUUCCGAUGCGCCGUCUGCGACAAAUGCUUCGCACGCAAAGAACGCGUCCGAGAUCACAAAUGUGUGGUACUCGACCAAUUAAUCGACAGCUAAUUGACAUAUAUUUUGGGAACAUAGGUCGACAAUAAAUUAAACCUCUGAGAUUUGGUUUAAAUCAGUGGGGAAAAAAUUUCAUGUGAAAGAAGUCAUAAUUUAUUUCAACCGGGCAGGGCUGGCAGUGAAUGUAAAUUAAUAUUUUUGUAGGGUUUUUAUGUAUCCCCCCCCCCCCCCCCCCAUGUUUUCCCUUACAUUCUAAAGUUAUUGUUAAAAAAAACAACAACCUAUAAAUAAUAUACAUUUUAAAAGACAAAAAAAUAAGAUGCAAAAAGAAGUGUUCUAAAAGUAUUCCAUAAAAAAUAUUUUAAAAUGGAAACGACAAUAACAACAAAGAAACUAAAAUAAUAAUUGACCGUUCUUUAAUAUUAGUGCUCUUUGCAUUGUGUUAUUUUUAAAUCAUUAUUUUGCGUUCUAUUUUGAGCAUUUCUUUGGCUGUCAUUAGAUGAUUCUGUGUACAUAAUGUGUCGUUGCCAUAUUAACUCAUUCACUGCAAGCCCAUGUAUAUGCAUUUACAUAGUAUAAGCUGUGGUAGUAACUGAACUUUAAUUCUGUGUAUAAUCAGCAAUGUCAAUUUAAAAUGAAAUAGGUGUAUGAAUUAUUUUUUCAAGUCUGACUAAAUGAUAUCAUUAGUAGCAAUCCUUGUUGCAGGGUAGAAGCAUAUUCUAAAUAGUUAGCUUUUUUUUUUUUUUCCUUUUGAAUAUAUGCAGCACCCUGUUUUUACAGUCAGUAAAAUGACUCCUUAAGAGCAAGAUAAACUUGUGCUAAAUAACUUGAAUAUUAUACUGGGAAUUUUUUACCAUUUCAAUAUUUGAGUUCACAAUUAAAAAAAAAACAUUUUAGUUAAAACUAAGGGUGUAUAUCACCAAUCUUAUGACAAUAUGAUAUAUAGAUACGUUCGACACAGACGUGGUGUUUGCCAAUAUUAUGAAGUCUGCUAGGAUUCGAGUCAAUGUAUGCAUUUAACGCUGUCACAUUUCACUUAAAGCCAUAAAAAAAAAAAAAUACAAAAACAAUUUUUGGUAUGUUUUUUUUGCCAUUCAGACAUGUAAAAGAAUUUAACAAAAAGGCAUAUCCAAACGAUGACUAUGUUGAUCAAUGUUUUGUGUUUUCAUCGAUUUAAUUAGAUCAUUGCUUAACCAGUCGACUGUAGUUGUGACCUGGGUUAAUGACAAUCAUUACAUGUUACUUCUGAGUUUUGAAACUGCAAAAAAAAAAAAAAUGAAGCAAACGCGCAGUAAGUUUCCCAAAGCGCUGCAUUUAGUUGCAACGGCAAGCAGCAAUUUUGUUUUCAAUGGUUUUUUUUUUUUUUUUUCCUUGUUUGUAGGCUGUCAAGUAAAAUACUUCAAGUGAUGACAAUAUUAUUUUGACAAAAUGGAUCACUUUGUUUGCUGUUCUGAUUAUGUCAACUCUGAUCCUGUUGCUGCUAGCAUUUAGGUCUUAUUAAAUUGUCUGUUUAGACUGCAACUGCAUGUGAUUUUGUCAUUGAUAGUGGGUAAAUAUGCAAAGCCAAGCUAAAAAAUAAAUUAUUAUUAUUAUAUAAAUGUAUGGUUAUAUUACAGCCUGGGUGUCCAACCUCUUUACCGAAGGGCUGCUUCAGAAAAAUUGCAGAUGCAAGGUCCAACUUGAAAUCCGUCAAGGUUAAUUUGGUAAACAUAACGAUGUAUAUUGUCGUACAGCAAUAAUCUGCUGCAGGCCAAUAAAAACUGGGCUACGGGCCGUAGUUUAGACACCACUGUAUUCUAAGGUACUCCUCAGAAAACUCAAAUCUUGGUUGUCAAGAAAGGUUUACCCCAGAAAACCCAAAUCCUAGUGGUCGAGAUGGCCAUCAGAGGCCCAUCAUGUUUUUUAAAAAUCAUUAAUAAGGAAAUAUAGUUUUAUCUAAAGUUGUCCGAUAUUAUUUGUUAGCCGAUAAAAGCAUUUUAAAAUGAUAUUGGGUAAUAUCGACAUUUUUUAAAUUGCCGGCUUUUGGUCAAUAUGGAUGUUGCAUCCAAUAAUAAAUAUAGAAGCCUUCUGCCUUUGUACGAGUGCUGGUCACAAUUUAGCACAGCAGUUACGCUUAUUGACCAUUAGAUGUCUCCAAACUAAAAUGCUUGGGAUAUGUUAUGUGAGCAGACCAUUUACAUUCAUAAUGCAAAAAUUAAAUGAACAGUAAAUGAAUGUUAAGUAAUGAAUAAGUCCACGACUGCAUAUAUUUGUAUCGAUUUGAUGUCGAUUUUGGAUUUUUGGAGUUGGAGAAUAUCGGUUAAAAAGUCAUUAUUAGACAACUCUAGUUUUAACUAAAAGUUUUUAUAAAAUAUAUGAAUUUUUUUCACUCAAAUCCUUGAAGCACUUGGGGGGCACUGUAUUAUGAUUAUCAAACCAUUGUUUGCAAAUAUAAUAAAUAUAUUGCAAAAAAAUUUG